AUGGACCGCGACCAUGGCGUUCAUCUUAUCCCCGUGUAUCGGCCUGAGGGUACUGAUGUCGAAACAGACAUUGACAUCAUUGCAAUUCAUGGCCUUGACACCAACGCGCCACACACUUGGACGUUCAAGGACCGCGACCUUCAGACCUCCGUUAACUGGCUUGCACACGCAGAUAUGCUUCCUCGAGAAGUCGGGGCAGCCCGAAUUUUCAUGUGCAAUUGGCCAGCUGAUCUUUUUCAGAGCGGCGUCUCGACAACUCUGAAGGAGUCAGCCGAGCGCUUUCUCCGCUGCAUGCAGCAGCAUUUGGCGUCAGACGGGGAGGGUGGAAUGGCAAGACGAAUGUUCUUCAUCGCUUCAUGCCUCGGCGGGAUUAUCUUGAUCAAGGCUCUCCGGAUCGAGAAGAGCACUCAAGAGAAGACCGAUUCGCCUUCGCUUAUAAAAGCGACCCGCGGCAUUGUUUUUCUUGCCACUCCGUUCAAGGGAACUUCGUACAACUAUAUACCAGACGCUGCCUUGAAGGUUGUUGCGUCGGUCAUGGAUCAGAAUGUGACAGAGCUGGUCGACUAUGCUAAAGACACAAAGACUGGGGAAGAACUCGUGCAAGAAUUUACCUCCCGGGCGCGUAUAGAGGAGUACCAUGUUUUCACUUUCUGGGAAGCCCGUGAGACGAGUCUGUUUGCCAAAGUCCACUUAUCUUGGAUGUUUUUAAAACGGGUUCGUUGGCUGUGGGCUUUUCUCAUCGUUUCUUCUCACUUAUUCAACCAUGGGAAGUUUUUCGCAUGGACGUUGUUGGCAUGUCAAUCUUGGUGGAUUGCGUUCUACUGUUAUAGAGCCAAGACGUUGGUUGAUCAGAGCUCAGCAAAUGCUGGGGGGGCAUUUCAGUCCGAGCGGCUCGACCGAAAUCAUAUUCUCAUGAACAAGUUUCGUAACCAGGAUUGCGGCGACUACAAACAAGUUGCGAAAGAAAUCAGUCGCAUUUUGAGAGAAAUACGUGAGGGCAAAACGCCGCUCCAGGAAGCAGAUGAGCUCAUCCGGCAACACUAUCUCAAGAGCGAUGCAUGUCGGCUUAACAUUAUUCGGAUUUCUGGUGCCAAGCUACCUAUGGAUCAAUGCUACAUUAAUCUCGCUAUAGUCAACGUUGGCACUUCAGGAUCGAAUCCAACCUUUUCUUUUCUUGACAUUCUCACGUGGAUGCAAAAUGUCCCCGAUGUAUAUUCUGCUCCACCCCCUUCUUAUUCCUUCUUCGCCCGCCAGAAAGUUGAGACACCCGAGAAUGCAAUCCAAGUUAAGCUAUCCGAUAUAUUCGAUCGACGCGACGGAUCCCUUGGGACUGUCUCCCCAAGAAGAAUAUUCAUCCAAGGAAGGGCAGGAGUUGGAAAGACGACACUGUGCAAAAAGAUUGUGUAUGAGUUUACUCAAGGUAAUUGGCCCCAAUGGAAAAGGCUGUUUGAUCGCAUUCUUUGGGUUCCUUUACGAACUCUGAAGCCGGACGACAUACAGAAGGGAGGUGUGUACACUUUGGAAGGACUGUUCCAGGGGGAGUGUUUUUGUCUGCAUCAAAACCUCGCCGAUGCAUUGGCCCGAGAGGUGAGAGGCCAAGGGUCAAGAACGCUGUUUCUUCUGGAUGGCCUAGACGAAGUGUCCCACGUAUUAGAAGGUGACCGCGAACAAUCUCAUUUCCUCAGAGACCUUCUACGUCAGCCAAAUGUGAUUAUCACCUCUAGGCCGAGUGUCAACGCCACCAGCACAGUUGCAAAUAUUGACUUGGAAUUGGAGGCUAUUGGGUUCUAUCCACAGCAAGUGCAAGAUUACAUAGCAAUGACCUUUCCGAAUCCAGAUUCUGCGGUUAUCGAUUCCACAACAGCAAACGACAUCCAAGUCUUCAUUCAAGAGCAUCGGCUGAUUCAGGGCCUCGCGCGCAUCCCAAUCCAACUGGAUGCUCUUUGUUACAGUUGGCAAGGCCUAGGGGCAGGUGAUAGACUAGACACGAUGACCGACAUGUAUAAAGCGAUUGAGCUGAGAUUGUGGAAGAAGGAUAUGGUGCAACUAGGAAAGAUCCACGGGACGGAAGAGUCGAUAAUUGACACUCUCAAAUCUGCCACAAGGCAACAGAUUGAAAGACAUGUCUCGCAAGAGAUUGAGUUUCUUGAGGCUCUUGCAUUUACUGGGCUGCACAAUAAUCUGACAACUUUCCAACAGAAGCACCUGGACGACGUAAAUGACACAUUCACUCCAACUUUGUUACGUUGGAGGCUCCUGAAGUCAACCUCCUUCCUCCGAACUUCCGACCCGUCAUUUGACGAAUCCCACCACCACUACGACUUUAUACACCUUACUUUUCAAGAGUACUUUGCUGCGCGCUACUUCGUGCGGAAAUGGAAAACUCAAGAUCCACAGCUUCAAGUUCUCAAAUUUCGUGAUGAGGCGAGCCGGAUUACAUCAGCAGAGGAUAUCAGCGUUGCAUUAUUUCUGCGAACUCGCAAGUAUACUGGUCACUUUAACAUAUUUUGGCGGUUUGUUGCAGGCCUGCUUGACAGCGAAAAUGAAAGGUCCCAGGUGUGGAGCUUCAUCAAGAUGAUCGAGGAGGAACCACUCGAUCUCUUAGGUCCAGUUCAUCAACGGCUCGUAAUGCAUUGCCUCGCUGAAGUGACGGGUGGCUUGCCAGGUCAAGCUGCGCUGACAACAGAAGACAAUAAGAUUCAAAGAACUCGCGGACGCCUGGAAAGAAAGCUUUUUGAAUGGAUGCGCUUUGAGUAUCCUUUCACUGGCUGCAUGCGCCUGGCAGAUGAGCCGGAAAUGCCCGAGUCUGCACUGCAAAGUGUCUUUCUCGAAGUGACUGGUGACGACGAGCGAGCGGUUUGGCUCAAUACAAGCAUUUCAACACAAAAGAGACCGUGCAUUUUACGGAUAGCAGCCGACAAGAUUGCGGCUUUUGCAGAAAACCCCAUAGUGGCUUGGGAUGCUUACAAGGCCCUGAACAAAGCUUCCAUCCUACCAGACGAGAUUCUGCAGACAGUGAUAUCAUGGAUCGCGGAUGAUGACCAGGAUGAACUCGUAAAGGGGUUCGCGGCUGAGGUCUUGCAAAAGGGAGAGGGAAUGCCCCAGACGUCUUUGCAAAUGCUGGCAGCAGAACUCAAAAAUAUGCCACAGGAUAUACAAACUGCCAUCUACAAGAUCCUAUCUAAAUCCGGGCAUUCCAGAAUACCUGAGAGACUUCAAGAAAUAGUGGUAUCCUGGCUGACAAGCAAAGACGACUCACUUCGCGAGGCGGCGGUUCGAGUCUUGUGGGGAUUAAAUUUAGAAAAGGCAACACAGGAGGCAGUAACAGUCCUGCUUAACGAUUCGAAUCCAGCUCUUCGACAAGCCGCUAUACAUACAUUGGGUUCGCAACCAUGGUUGCCAGAUGCGGUUCUUCAAAAAAUAGCGUUUAAUCUCAGCCAUGAAGCAGAAGCCGUGCAGAGUGCCGCCACUUCUACUCUGAUGCACCGGUCAGACUUGUCCGACAAUAGCCUGCUGGCAGUAGGAGCGCAACUUGAGGGCGAGCCGGCUUCUGUCCGCAUUGCUGCCAUCGAAAUCUUAUGUUUGCAAUUAAGUUUGCCAGGUGAAAGUCAGCGGGCCUUAGCAGCGAGGCUGACAGACAAGGAGGCUGAUGUGCGAAUAGCUGCUAUCAAGAAUCUAAGCCAGCGAUCAGACUUGAUAGGGGAGGUCUUGCAAGCUAUGGAGGCGCGGUUCGACGACGACUAUGCCCCCGUUCGAAUAGCGGCUAUUGAUACUCUUAUCACCUUUCGACCUUUUGCAACCACGAUUGUACAGAGACUUGCCGAGCGGCUCAGAGAUGAGGAGGCAGACGUGCGAAUAGCCGCCAUCAGAAGCUCAUCCCAACGAUCAGAUUUAACAGAUGAUGUCAGGCGACUUAUAGAAGCACAGUUGGGUGACGGUAAACCCUCUGUACGAAUCGCGGCCAUCGGAAGUUUAUCCCAACGAUCAGAUCUAAAAGAGGAUGUCUGGAAAGUUAUAGAAGCACAGUUGGGUGACGGUAACCCCUCUGUUCGAAUCGCUGCUAUGAAUGCUUUAGGCGAAAGACCAGUUCUAACAAAGGAGGUCUUGGGGAUGAUUAUAAAACGGCUCGAGGACCAAGAGGCAGAUGUACGCAAAGCGGCUAUCACAAUACUGAAUAAGCAGGACAGCCUACAAGAAGAGAAUCUAGAGUUAAUCGCGGCAUCAUUCGAAAAUCAGGAUCAGGAGGUCCGACUUCAUGCACUCCGUUGUUGGGCCAAUCGAGGCUCCUUGCCAGAGAGACUUUUGCAAGUGGCUUUUGAUAGCCAGUGGGAUAGACAAGAGGAUAUAUGGGAUGCUGCCAAUGACGUCGUGCAUAAGAACUUCAGAACAUUACCUGACACGAUGUGUAAAGCAGUAGUGGCAAUGUCUACAAGCGAACACGCGGAGUACCGAGAAAGAGCCGUGUACGCUUUGAACGGCCGUGGCGAAUACACCAUACCUGACAAUGUCGUGGACGCAGUAGCUGAACGACUUAAAGAUGAGCAAGUCCAGGUUCGUUGGGCUGCUUACCUUACUUUAGGCAGCAUAACCAAUCCAUCCAAACCCCUCGUACAGAGAGUUGCGGACCGACUUGCGGACGAGAUAGACUACAGCGAUACUGUGAUGAUUCUCAAGGGUCUAGGGCUCCGAAAUGACUUGGAAGAAAACAUCGUGCAAGCGAUAGCAGCAAAACUUACAGAUAUAGAAAUCCCGAUACGAGUGGCUGCCGUUGAGACUCUGGGAUUCCAACGCAACUUGGGAGACAAGAUUCUACGAGAUUUGGCAAAUAUGCUCCAUGAUGAGACCGCAAGGGUGAGAACGGCCACGAUUGCAGCUCUGUAUAACCAGCAGAGGCUCUAUAGAUUCAGGUCCCUGCCGCAACAGUUGCUUGAGAGAAGGGGUGUUUCAGCUGUUGGUGGUUUGGCACGGCCGGCAAACCUGUCAGAUGAUAUUCUUCUUGCACUCGCUGAUCGUCUUGAAGACGAGGAGAGGAGCAUCCAAUUGAACGCGGAGCAGUUACUGAGGCAGCACGACAGUGUCUACCAUAGUCUUCUCAGUGGUCCAAAGGCGGCAUCUCUAUACAGGAUUCUUCUUCACAGGAGUUUCAAUGAACAAGUCAGUUUGUACAUAGACGACGGCUACUUGUGCAUCAACUCGUCUGAGCGCAUCAGUAGAAGUCGUGUUGAUGGCUGUAAGUCGGAUCUCCUGGCCAUAAUGAAAGAGGCACGGCCGGAGAACUAUCCGUCAGAGGAAGAGGAUGAGGAGCAGGAUGAGAGUUCGCAUGGUUCACAAUAG